AGAGCAGGGCAGCCCCAUUUGGGGCCCGCGGGCCAAACUUGGCCCGCGACUGAUUUUAUUUGGCCCGCGCCUUACCCACUGUAUAUAUUAUUGUUUUCCACCAUCAGCGCUCGCACUCAUUGAAUAUUGAUUGGUGCACUUCCAUUCCUGACCAUAGAAUAACAUUGUGAAACAUUGAUGGUAGGGUGGCGCUGUUGAGCUCCUAUCCUCUUGCGCUCCAAUCCGAAGUCACGUGACAGCGAGUAAGUGAGACGCAAGGAUGGAGCGGCAGUGGCACACAGACAAACGCAAAUUCAAAAAAUGUUGGGAACAUGAUUAUUUAUUUACCGAGGUCGAUUCCAACGCAAUAUGCCUGGUAUGUAAGCAGAAGGUCGCUGUUUUAAAGGAGUACAACAUUCGUCGUCACUAUGAAACUAUGCAUUCUCACCAGUUCGCAAAAUACACAGGCGAGGACCGAAAGGUAAAGGCGGCAAACUUGCUAAUCAAGCUAGAAACACAGCAGCAAACUUUACUUCAGCCAUCCACCGCACAAGAAAAUGCCACCCUUGCAAGUUAUCGCAUUAGCAACAUCAUUGUCAGAAGUGGACACGCUUUUGCUGCGGGUGAUUUUGUAAAAGAGUGUCUGACAGUUGCUGCUGAAGCUGUGUGUCCAACUCAGAAGCGGGCUUUUUCUCAAAUAAGCCUGUCACGGAACACGGUGACCCGCCGCGUUGAGGACAUGGCCGAAGACGUUCGGGGCCAGAUAGCCCAAAGAGCAGGUCGGUUUUCUGCCUUCUCCAUCGCAUGCGAUGAAAGCACCGACAUAUCGGACUCAGCACAGUUGCUGGUGUUUUUGCGAGGCGUCAAUGAGGACUUUGAAGUGUGCCAAGAACUAGCGGGCCUUGAAACACUGAAAGGGACGACAAGAGGUAUCGAUAUUUUUAAGGCAGUGGAGCAAGUUAUGGACAAGAAUGGUUUGAAGUGGGAAAACCUAUCUGGCAUCACGACUGAUGGAGCCCCGGCCAUGGUCGGUAAGAGAGCAGGCCUAACUGCACUUGUGCAUGUCCGUGAGUGUGGUGGCUCGAUUUUUAAAUAUCAUUGCAUUUUGCAUCAGGAGCAACUGUGCGCUAAGAAUAUCGGCCUAAAGAACGUGAUGCAGGAUGUCGUUGGCAUUGUCAAUAAUAUUCGCUCAAAGGCGCUCUCACACCGUCAGUUCAAAGCUGUUGUUGAUGAGAUGGAUGCCCAGUAUGGGGAUGUAUUGUACCACCAGGAGGUGCGGUGGCUGAGCCGCGGGAAAGUUUUGCGACGUUUCUUUGAGCUGCGUGAGGAAAUCAGGGUGUUUCAAGCCACAAAGGAGAACAACAUCCAAGUGCCCUCGGACAAGCACUGGAUUGCAGAUCUGGCCUUUCUUGUGGACAUCACAGAGCUGCUGAAUAUCCUCAAUCUUCAGCUUCAAGGGAGAGACCAGAUAAUCACUCAGCUGUACGACCAUGUCAGAGCCUUCAAGCAAAAGCUCCAGUUGCUUAGCAGACAUCUCUUAACAGGAAAUUUGGCACAUUUUCCCAGCCUCAGAGAAGUUGGGUUGAUGGAGGAAGACACACCAAAAUACUGCAACAUUCUCAGCGAUCUUGUGGUGGAGUUUGACCAUCGCUUUGAGGAUUUUCGUGGAAACGAAGCAGCAUUUGAGCUGUUUGCCCAACCCUUUGCUGUAAAUGUGGAUGCAGUCAGUGAGGAGCUUCAAAUGGAACUUUUGGAGCUUCAGUCUGAUUCAGAUCUCUGUUGCCGGUUUAGAGAGCUUUCUUUACAGGACUUUUACAAAUCUGUUCCUGCACACAGAUAUGGCAAGAUCCGCAAACAUGCACAGGUGAUGUUCUCCCUCUUUGGAAGUACCUAUGUCUGUGAGCAGGCAUUCAGCCUGAUGAAUCUUAAUAAGUCCAAACUGAGAAAUGCUUUAUCUGACUCUCACCUUCAUGACAUUCUCACUCUGUCAGCUGGAGCCUGAUAUUAAGAGACUUGUAAAAACCAAGGACAGGCUUCAUGUCUCCCACUGAUAGGCCUAUCAUAAUGUAUAGG